ACUCUUAGUGCAUUUUUCCCAAUAUAACUAAAUCGAUCUAACAAAUCGUAACAACAAAACAUCGUAAAAUAAAUAAAAUACUACAAGAGGGAGUUUGUGGAAAAAUAAAUAAAUACGUGAAGCGUAUCCACUGAAAAUUAAGGAGUAUCAUUUCAAUUUCAUAUAUGAAUGGUGUUGGACCGAACAGGUAAAACUAAACUUUGUGUCAGUGCAAACGUGGAAAUUGUGUGAGGACACCUACGUGGGAAUCCGUGCAUGGUGUUGAGGAAAUUUAUGUAAAAACCGGAAAAGUUUUGAGAAUUGUGAAAAGAAGAACAAGAAAAUGUUUCCAAAGCAAAAAUCCAUCGAUAAAAACAAUAAAAUGUCGGAAAUUGACGACACAAUUGCAAAGAAUUUUGAUAUUAAAAGGAGGCUCGGGAAAGGAGCCUACGGAAUAGUUUGGAAGGCCGUAGAUAGGACAACAAUGAAGACAGUAGCUGUAAAAAAGAUCUUUGAUGCUUUUCGCAAUGUAACCGAUGCUCAGAGGACAUUCCGUGAAAUUAUGUUUCUGCGCGCCUUCCGCAGUCAUCCCAACAUUGUACAGCUCUAUAGCAUUCACCGAGCAGCAAACCACAUGGAUAUCUACCUAUCUUUCGAAUACAUGGAAAGUGAUUUGCACAAUGUCAUUAAACGCGGAAAUGUUCUUCGGGACACGCAUAAGCGGUAUAUUAUGUACCAGCUCAUAAAUGCCAUAAAGUACAUGCAUUCUGGCAAUGUGAUUCAUCGAGAUCUCAAGCCCAGCAAUAUUCUCAUCGAUAGUCAGUGCCACUGCAAAAUUGCUGAUUUCGGUCUUGCGAGAUCUGUGGCACCAGCACCACGUCGACAGAGUGAUGCUUUCAAUAAUGAGCUCAAUGGAGAUUUGAUUCUAACUGAUUAUGUUGCUACACGGUGGUACCGUGCUCCUGAAAUACUCGUGGCCAGUAAACGCUACACCAAGGGGAUUGAUAUGUGGAGCUUGGGAUGCGUUCUAGGUGAGAUGAUUCGGGGAAAGCCCCUUUUUCCCGGCUCCAGUACGAUCAAUCAAGUUGAGAGAAUUGUCUCUGCACUACCCGAAGUCACUCCGGGGGAUGUAAAUGCGGUUGGGGGAGGCUUUGGGGCGGUACUCCUUAAUUCUGAACGUGCCAAGCAUGGAAAAGAAAUAAGUAUUGAUGAUCUUCUAAAGGGAGGACCGGAUGAUGGAGUUGCUCUCACCAAGAUGCUUUUGGUGCUAGAUCCAAUGAAGAGACUCACCGCGAAAGAAGCCAUCUGCCACAAAUACGUGGAGAGAUUUCGGAAAUCAAUUGAUGAACCAGAGCUCACGAAAAACAUCCUUCCGCCGUUUAGAGAUGAUAUUCAGCUGUCUGUGAAUGAAUAUCGAUCUAAGUUGUACGAACUAAUGGCAGGAACGUCAUCAUUCACCCUCAAGAACAACAUGGUCAUGAAAGGGAAGCCAAAGAGUCGCAUCGUGAAACCAAAGGUAGAAGCUGAUGCACGGAUCGUUGCCAAAAACAAGACGGUGCAGGAUAAAAAAGAUCAAUCGAUGGUGGAGCUAAAUACGGAAAUGAAUAAAUGCCGCUUUCAUCGUAUUGAGAACAAUUCCAUCUUGGACAAGAGGCACUCACUGGAUUCACAGCACAAUGGAACCCUACUGGGAGGAAGGAAUGGAAAAGUAAAUCUUGCGCGAUCGGAUAUACCUACAAAGGUAGCUUACAUUAGCAUAGAAAAUGGGCACAGCGGUAGUGCCAUACGUCAUCGCAACACCGGAGUUCUGCCACCAUCGAAAUUCGGUGGACUCUGUCGUCACAAAAGUCUCGACGAUAGCCCAUGCCCUUCAGACGGAAGGGACAAUAGGUGGUCUCAACCCAACGGAAAUGAGGCAAUUCUGUCUCAUGAGUACUACGACACCCGCCUAAAAUCUCUAGAAGAAAAAAUAAGGAAGCAUAAGCUGGAAAUGUCUUCAAUCAUAAAUCAGAGCAAUAAGAUGAAAAUGGAGAAAAAAGACGGAGUUCCCAAAGCUAAUGGACCCUUAAAUAACUUGGCUGCAAUACGAAAUAGAAAACCAACAAAACUCGAUGGGCUUCCCGAUGCAAAACCCACCACGAACCGCGAAAGACAGAGAAAAUUGGAUUUUUCUCUCAGCGGUGGAGACUACUUUGUCCAUACACCCACAAAUACCCUAAGUAGCUGUGGACUCAUCUCACGGAGAGAUCCUUACAAAUUUCAGUGA